AAAUCAUUUAAAUUUUCAUAUUUGUUUGCAUUAUUUUCUCUUUUUUUAAUUUUGAAACUUCCUUAUGACUAAUACACUAGAAUUCCAUAGUUCAUUUCACUACUGGCUAAAUAGCUUCAGACAACUAAAAGCAAGAAAGGAGAGCAUACUUUUAAUAAGUACUUCUUUUUCUGAUUAUAACAGAAAAUAAAUACAUGCUUUCUGAAGAAAAAAACUACAGAAAUAGGAGGAAAAAAAUAAAAAAUCUACUUUCAUUGUUGCCCCACUGCCCACACAGAGUUGGGAGGAUUGUAGAUCACUGUUAAUAUUUGGUGCAUUUUUUUUUUUUUUUACUAUAGCAGGAUGUUACACCUGCAAGUUUUGACAGGAUAUCAACGUGCUAUAUGGUAAAUGAAAGGAUGGUUUUCAAUUGCCCUAAGAAAACAUGUUUUUCUUUUGAGUCUGACAAGCGAUUUGCCAAUACAGGUAACCGUGGUACUAAUGAUGUCUAUUUAAAAUGUAUGACAACAUAGUAAGAAUGUAAAGGUAUAAAAAAAGUAGAACUCAGUGAAAUUAAGGAUUUAUAGGACAUUUAAAAUGACCUAAAUGUAAAAGCAUUUUGACCUCAGGUUUAAAAAUAACUCAACAUGCCAGUUUCCCUCACUGUAAAUGGUCCCUUUCUUGUUAAGAAAUGGCUAGUAAAUAACAAAUACUUAAGUCAUUUGACAACCUUCCUCUUAGUCAAGGUCUCCUUGGGCUUUAUUCCAGACAUCACGAGAUCUAAGCAUUUUGCAGUGUUUAAUGUGAGUGUUACAACAGCAAUUUUCAGUUUUGUAAGAGACUUUUAGAAAAAGAUAAUGCUCAGAAUGUUAAAUUUGCUGAUUAAUAUAUAACUGAAAAAAAACAAACUGAACAUAAAGAGUAAUAACGGGAAACAUUUAUUUACCGUUUGCUGUUGUUGGUCAGGCGUAGUGCUGAACCAUACAUGGAUUCUCUUAGCUACCUAGUACACCACCCCUCUGAUAGCCAACAAAAUGAGUGACCCUUUAUUGAGUGCUUACUACAUGCCAGGCAUUGGUCUCAUUAGAUAAGUUACCUCAUUUAAUUCUCACCCAAUCCUCUUUGGGAAGGGAUUGUUAAUCUUUUGACAGAUGAAGAAUCUCAAACUUAGGUUAGGUGACUCGCCUAAGGUCAUUUAGCGUGGAAGGAGGGCGAAAUCCCACGCCAGGCAGUCUGACCUCAGAGCUUGCACUCUUAGUCACCUAACCGUAAUAACACUUGAGAUGCUUUGAGGCUACUAACGUAAGAAAAACUUACGUUUUUCUAGGCAGAAUUCUGAUCCUUUUGCAUCUGCCCUAAUGCUGGGCAAAACCUUUUGUGUGUUCUUUGGUCCGAUCUGCUUUCGCAGUGCUGAGAGCUCUGUGGUAAAACAACAGAAAAGGAAACAAAACCUUAAAAAAACUGGGAGAAUAAUAAAAACAAUUCAACAACAAUUACAGCAGUUGGAGCCUCACCCCCUUUUUGUUCCUCCCCCAAGUCCCAUAAAAACCAGGUUUCUUAAGGCGCUUGUUUGGAAUCCAGUGCGUGUAGGCUCGCUCUUGCAGUGUGAUAGGAUUUACUGGGGUGGGGGAACUCCAGUUUUUAAAUUGCACGCGGAGUCCUACUUUUUCGUUAUCGUUCAGAUGACGAUGGAGCAAAAAGAGCGCAAGGCCUGUGGACGGGGCCGGCGCUCUCUCCAGAUGGUCCAAUCACGGCGCGCCACUCCAGGCCGGCGGCCGAUUGGUGGUUGCUAUAGCUCCCGGAGUUCGCUUGAUAAGAUGGCGGCUGCCGGGCAGUGGGGCGCUCCGUUUGCGGCCUGAGCGCAUUCCGGCUUCUAAGACCCGCGCGGUUCUGUAGCGCGGGCCCGGCGAGGCUUCAGGCAUGGGCUUGCCGCCGCCAGCCCCUCGGCUCUUGGGGGUUCUCCUCCUGCAUGGCGUCCUGAAGCCACUGUGGGGGGACCUGGCUUUCAUCCCUCCUUUCAUCCGCAUGUCCAGCCCUGAGGUCAGCGCAUCCUUAAUCGGAGGCACCGAGGAUGUGACCGUGUCCCUGGCCCUGUUGCAGGAUGAGGCAGGAUUAUUGCCAGUUCCCACUUGUGGCAUGCUGAACGAGAUAGGAGACUGGAGUUUGACGGUGACCCCCAGUGUGGUAAGGCCAGAGGAUGUGUUGGAAGUGACAGUGAGGUUGAAGAAGGGUCAGCAGCGGUGUUCCUCUAAUGGGACAGACUCCUUCCCAGAGUCCCCAUGCAUUGUCCAAACUCUUCUGGUAUCAGCAUCUCACAAUUCAUCCUGUUUAACACAUCUGCUCAUCCAGGUGGAAAUUUAUGCCAAUUCUUCUCUGGCCCAUAAUGCAUCAGAGAACGUGACGGUUAUUCCUAACCAGGUGUAUCAGCCCCUUGGUCCGUGUCCUUGUAAUUUAACAGCCGGGGCCUGCGAUGUUCGCUGCUGCUGUGACCAGGAAUGCUCAUCGGAUUUAAUACAACUCUUCAGAGAGUCCUGUUUCACCGGUGUUUUUGGAGGAGAUGUCGCUCCUCCUUUUGAUCAGCUCUGCUCUGUUCAGAGGGCGCACGGAGUGCCAGACUGGUUUCCGUUCCUGUGUGUGCAGUCCCCCCUCGCCAACUCACCCUUCCUCGGUUACUUCUACCACGGCUCUGUUUCCUCGAGGCAGCACGCUUCCUCUGAGGUGUAUUUGCACACCGAGCCAAAAGAUUUUUCAGACUUUGGUUACAAACAAGGAGACCCAGUUAUGACUGUCGAUAAGGCGUAUUUUACUAUUCCACAGGUGUCCCUGGUUGGGCAGUGUAUGCAGAAUGCCCCAGUGGCAUUCCUUCAGAAUUUUGAUGUUCGGUGCAUUACCGAUUUGGACAUCUACCAGGAACCAGAUGGUCUUCUCAACACGAAGAUAAAGAAUGGUGCUAUGGGAGGCAUCGUUACUCCCAAAGUAACCUAUGAGGAAACAGCUGACCUAGACAAAUUCAUCACCAGUUCAGAAACGCUUUUAAGUAAUGGAUCAGCCCCCAGAAACGUGAAUGUGGAAGAGCAUUAUAUUUUCAGAUGGAAUAAUAAUACAAUCAGUGAAAUAAAUGUCAAAAUUAUCAGGGCAGAAAUUAAUGCCCACCAGAAAGGAAUCAUGACACAGAGAUUUACAGUAAAAUUUUUAAGCUAUAACAGUGGUAAUGAAAAGGAAACAUCUGGAAAUCCAGGUUACCAGCUUGGCAAGCCUGUUCGAGCUUUAGGCAUCGACAGAAUGAAUGUUACGACUUUACACCUUUGGCAGCCAGCUGGAAGGGGUUUGUGUACAACGGCAACUUUCAAACCCAUUCUAUUCGGAGAAAAUGCAUUCUCGGGGUGCCUUUUAGAUGUUGGGGUGAAUGAAAGCUGUACUCAGCUCAGGGAGAGAGCUGCUGGACUACUUGACUCAUUAAUACAAGCAACUCAUGUUGCAAUGAGAGGCAACUCUGAUUACGAUGAUUUUCAUGAUGGCUGGAUCGAAAUAAUACGUGCAGACGGCCCUGAUACAGGUGCAGACUCUUCUGUUAGCAGCGUGAAUGGCACCUGCCUGGAUAUUCCUGCUCAGCUGAGUAUCCGCAUCCUUAUCUCGGAUGCUGGCGCAGUGGAAGGGAUCCCUCAGCAGGAGAUACUUGGCACGGAGACAAGGUUCUCCUCGGUGAACUGGCAGUUUCAGUGUGGACUGACUUGUGAGGAUAAGACCGACCUUUUCCCUCUCAGUGCAUCAGUCCAGUUUAUUAAAAUACCUGCACAGUUACCCCGUCCACUGACAAGAUUCCAGAUCAACUUUACAGAGUAUGACUGUAACAGAAAUGAAGUGUGUUGGCCGCAACUUCUAUACCCAUUGACCCAGGAUUACCAAGGGGAGCCUCAUGCUCAGUGUGUUGCCAAGGCCUUCCUGCUGCUGGUCUUGCCCAUAUUAGCUGUGUUUCUUAGCAACCCCUGGACCAGAAUACGCAAAGCUUGGAAUUCAGCUACCGUCUGACUUCUUACAAGACCCUAGAUGUUUACUUCAGUGAUUUCUUGUACUCCUGUGUGCCUCUCUGUAAACUUUUAAUAAAUGAAGUGUUUUAUUUUUGUAGGAAA